GCCAGGCUGCUGCCCAGCGCAUCCCGUCGCAGCUGGGAGUGCUGCGACGGUGGAUGCUCCGCGGAAUGUCCUUGCAGGCCUGGGAGUGGGAAGAUGAGGACAGGGUGAGCAUGGGGCCCAUGUCCUCCAUGGGCAACUUUUACCGGCCCGGCAGCGAGUGCGAGACAGAAGAGUACCUGAAGGUCAAAGCCCAAGCCCAGGAGUCCGAUUCCGACCACAGGUGCAGCAGUGAGUGCUCCUAUGCGGCUGCCUGCAGCUUCUGCUCUGAUGUGCCCCAAGUUGUCCCCUGCAAGUUCAUCAUCUCGCUGGCCUUCCCAGUGACUGCUGGGUUCAAACAAGACUCCGGAAACCCGUGUCUUCUAGGUCAUAGAGGAAAAUACACAUUUUCUGUUGAAAAACAUAGGAAACAGUCUAGAAUGGAGAAACCUUCAAAGUCUCGCCGUUGCUACCACGCAGAGUAUUUCCUUCUGCCAGAUGAUGGGGAGCCUAAAAAAGUUGACGUGGUGGUGUUUCCAACGAUGGCCAAAUUGUUCCUGGAUUCAGGAGUAAAGACGGUGAGGCCAUGGCAUGAAGGGGACAAAAUCUGGGUGUCAUGGACCCAAACUUUUAACAUCAACGUGACAAAGGAAUUACUAAAGAAAAUCAGUUUUCAUAAAAUCACCUUGAAGGUCUGGGACACUAGGGACAAAGUCUCAAGGAAAGCCAGGUAUUACCGGCCAAAGACUCCUGCGUAUUCAGAUGACGUAGGAUCUGUUGACGAAGUAAAACAGCUGGUGUUAAGUCAGAGAACAUUGUGUGAACAGGGUGCACACCUCAGAGAGGGCCGGAGCCAGGAGCACGUGCCAGGAAAAGCAGAGAAGGCAGGAAAACGCGUGAAGACCUUGCAUGAUCCUCAUGCAGCAGAGCCUGAAGCUUUUUCCGAGAAUUGUGAGGAAUAUGAAAAGGCACUCAGAAUGGAUGAUCUUGGCACAGUUCGAUUGAGUAUUUUAAGAGAACCAACUGUUUGUUUGGGAGCUGCAACUGGGAUGGAGAUGAAGGAAUUAACGGAGAGAUCAUCAUUUAGCAGUUUAACAAACGUAUUAGAAAAGCCAAAAUUUCAAAAUAAACAGAAAGAGUCAGAGGUGAGAAAGAACCCCCAGAGGAGAAAGAAGAAAUCUCGAGGGGAAGACAGUGACUUCAAGGGGGCAGGAGACGGGAAGCACGGAGUCGUCUCUACGGAGCUGGUGCUGAUGCCACUCCUCGCAGGAUGGCAAACUGUCGUGAGUGGUGGCUGUCAGAAGUCUGCCAGCAUUUUAGACUGUUUUUUGAGUUUUAAAACAGAAGUUCCUAUCAUGACUGAGGAGCAGAAGCAGGAUUUAAACCCUCUGACCAUAAAGAUCAAGUGUGUUUCCUGCCUUCCAUCACAACCGGUGCCAAUCCAUGAACUAGAGCGGCUGUGCUCCCCAGUGUACUGCAGGUACCAGUUCUUUAAGACUCCAGUUCACAGGACGGAGGGGAAGCCCCACGGAACACACAUCUACUUCCAGGACAUCAAUGUCAUCUUUCUUGGAGCAAUACAGCCCAGUGACCUGAGGGAAUACCUGGAGGGCCCCCCCAUGGUUGUGGAAGUUCACGACAGGGAUCGCAAGUUAGAGGAAUAUUCCCAGAAGCCCGCCCUGUUUGGGGAUGACCCCUUGGAUUCAUACCUCAAUCUCCAGGCCCUCAUCUCUCCGGAAGAGACAGAGAACAACCCCUUCGAGUCCCAAAACAAGAUGUGGGACCCUUAUGGGGUUGCCAAGGUCAGUUUUGCUGACCUUCUCCUUGGCCACAAGUACUUGAACUUGGUUGUCCCCAUCCACAGGUGUGAGCCCAAGCCCACACACCACGGCCAGGAUGGCAGGAGGAGGAAGGUUGUGGGGUUUCGGGUCCCCACAGAUGGCUUCCAGCAUAACCCAGUGCCCAUGGGCAACUACCUCGAGGCCAACUCCCAGCUCAAGCUGCGGGUGGACAUUGCAGUGCCACUGCAGGGCAGGGCUGAAGCCCCUGACCCAGAACAUAUGGGCACCCUGUUUGGCCGCAUCAUUUUCGUGUUUUACUCCAGGAAGCUCUCCCCACUCUACAGCCUGCUGGAGGACAUCACCAUGAUCAAUGCCAAGGCCCUUGACCUGGACUCCUACCCUACUGGGAACAUCCAGCAGAUACUAUCUGCCUAUAAGAUGCGUGUGGGGAUCCAGGAAAGGCAGGACCUGGAUGUGCUCACUGGCUUCCACCUGAUGGAUGGCAAGAUCCAUCUUUUCAUUCUGGAAGGAUUGGCUGACCAAGGCUUGAAGCGGCUGUGGGACAGCCAUCAAAGCCGAGCCGUUGAAGCCGAACGCAGCAAGUCCAAGGUGCUGUACAACUCCGCACUGCUCUUCCGCCACCGCCUGUACGCGCACCUGGACACCGUCCUGUACCAAGUGCAUCUUUUCAAGCCGCUGGCACAGCUCAUGAAGCGCUCGGCACUCUACAUCCGCAACACCGUUCCCGAGAAGACCUUCCAGGCCCUGACAAGGAUCUAUCACAUCUGCUAUCACAGCACCAGACUCCGGGAGGUGAUCGCCAGGGACCUGCUGCCAUCCUCUUCCAUGGUCAAAGACUUGAGCCAAGUGCUGGGGCUGCCCAUUUCGCAAGAAGACCUCCCAGAUGGAAAAUCAUUGGUCUUGCCGACUCAUCCUGCCCCUAAUCUCGAGGACUUCCGAAAUCGGAAAUCCAUCCUCACCCAUGAGAUCCAAGCCCACCAGGAGAAGUACCUGCGGUGGCGGAACAUCAUGGUGCUGAAGAACAAAGGUGCGGAGCACAACGUGGUCCAGAAAAAUAUUGCCGGUGUCUGCCAGGGUGGCAAGAAGCCUCCGACGUCCAUGGUGAAGGUGAUCAGAAUUUUGGCCCCUGCCAAAGAAGCAGUUUAUAACUAUGGGAUCCAGACCCUGAAUUCCACACAGCUGGCCAAGGAGGAGCUAUAUCGGGAGAUGGCCAAGGAGCCAAGAAGGAGGUUCACAUAUUCCCAGGACUACCUCUCGGCCACGGUGGAGCCUCAGGACUCGGAGGAGGAGGAGAAGAAGGCAAAGAAGAAAUCCCGCCAGGCCUGGCUCACAGCCAGUGGAUUCCAACUGACCGGGCUUCACAAAGGCACCGAAAGCGACCUGCACGUGAGGCUGCUGCCCGUGAGCACAGAGCUGAAGGAGGAAUGGAGGGAAAACACAACGCUGGAGAAGGUGCUGGAUCGAGGGAGGUGGAGCUGGGACCAGCGCCGCCAGGACUUUGACCUGUACAGGAAGCCACCGCCUUUCUUCCAGCUGCCCCCUCCUCCAGCGCCCAAGCCUGGAAUCGGGAGGAAGACAAAAGGGAGUGGCCCUGUGUCCUGAGCAGUGCAGACCUCCUCCUCCUCCGAGCCGCCCACCAGUGCGGGCCAUGGCCGUAACUCUGCACACACACCAGCCUCCUGGACCACCCAGUCCCUCACUCCUUGACUGGGUCAUGUCACUCCCUGACACCCCCCCCCCGCCCCCACCAAUGGCCUCAUUAAAGUUCAGAAGAUGAAGCUG